AUGGUUUUAAUUGCAAAAGAGGGUAUCAACGCACAACUAUCAAUUAAAUGCUGCAACCUUGACCUACUUUUAAGCGAUUUAAGGGAUUAUCCUCUGUUAAGAGAUGUCUAUUUUAACGUAGAGGUUUCUGGACUCCCUUACGAUGCGCAUGAACAAGCCUUUAGUAAACUCAAAGUUAAAAUUAGAGACACUAUCGUUGCUGACAGGCCUCGUUUUGGAGAGCGUUCGGCUAUAAAAGUUGAUCCACACUGUCAAAAAAUCAAGCAUCUGGAAGCCUCGGAUUGGGACGAAGCCCUCCGAGGCGAGAAGGUCACGCUUAUUGACGUUCGUAAUCACUACGAAUACGAGUUGGGCCACUUCUUUGGGGCACGAAGGCUGAAAACUAACGUGUUUCGCGAGUCGUAUGACGCUCUUGACGAUGCGUUGUGCGACGUAAAUAAAAAAGAUCCGCUUUUGAUUUACUGCACAGGCGGCAUCCGUUGCGUUAAAGUCGGAAGUUAUUUGUAUAAAAAAGGAUUUCAAAAUGUUUCUACUUUGAAAGGAGGCAUUAACGCGUACAUUUCACAGCGAUUUCAAGAUGUUCGAUUCCGAGCCAAACCUUCAGACUGUGUUGGUAAUUCUGCCGAGAUACCGCUUCUUUCUUCAGAAAAAUCCACUUUUAGAGGAAAGAAUUUUGUCUUUGACAAUCGCAAAGCUGUGGCGGUAACGAAGGACGUGGUUGGCGCCUGUUCCCACUGCGCGUCACCCGCCAGCAUCCACAGAAAUUGCGCUAAAAAGGAAUGCUUUCUUCUUUUCUUACAGUGCAAAGCGUGCUUCGAGCUGUCUAACGGCUUCUGCUCUCCGGAAUGCGCUGGUCUUCAGCCUUCCAUCUCCGCCUCACCGCCAUCUCGUGAACCAGAGAAGCCAUAUUACGACCAGUCUGUUUAUCUCAAGCACAAAUCUUUUUUUUCGCGGCUCCAGAGGGUCAAGCCUUUCAACUGCGAAACGCUUCGCCGGUUUUCAACGGAGACUCGCACUUUUACUUCUGCUGAGGAUUACUGCAAUCACUUUUCUUCUUCUUUAGAAAAUGGAAAUCUUCUUAACUUGAUGUCCGUCAACACGCCGUCUCCCGUUCUCUGCGGGCCUCUUCAGGGGAAGUUAUUAAAAUUUCUUGCUGCGAUGGUGAAAGCCGAAAAGGCCCUUGAAUUAGGAACUUUUAUUGGUUAUUCUUCUAUAUGCAUAGCGGAGGGUCUGCAAGAGAACGGGCUUCUCACGACUUGCGAUCACAACGAAGAGGCGAUCGCGCGUGCUAAAGAAUUUGUCUCCCGCAGUUCAGUGAGGGACAGGAUUCAGUUCCGAUGCCAAAAAGUAGAAAACUUGAUUACUGAACUUCUAAAGAUGGGAGCCCGCUUUGAUUUUAUUUAUUUAGACUCGGCUAAAAAGCAAUACCUCAAUGUCUACAAGCAAGUUAUGAGCGGAGGUUUACUUUCUAAGACGGGCUUGCUUGUGAUUGAUAAUACGCUUUUUCGCGGAUCUGUCUUAAAUUUAAACAAUAAUUCUGAAUUGAAAAACUCUGAGCCUAAAACAGAAAGCAAGAUAAAUAGAACUAGCCGACUGGGAAGUGAAAUACAUCUUUUUAACACUUACGUACUCGAGGAUUGCUCAGUUGAAACUUUUAUUCUUCCCAUUCGAGAUGGCCUGACUCUUAUUCGAUAUAAAUAGUCUAUUUAUAAUAUGUUUGUUAUCACAUACUAAAGUAAAUCCAU